AUGUUUGGGGGUCCGGACCCCUUCACAUCUCAUGGUAGUUCCGCCCUUGAUUAUGGAAAGGUGUUAAGCAACAUUCUGGGUGAAGACAUCAAGGGAUUGAUGAGCUUAUACGAAGCUUCGCAGCUAGGUACAGAAGGAGAAGAUACACUUGUUGAAGCUGAAAAGUUUAGUGGCCAUCUGCUAAAGACUUCUCUGUCACAUCUUGAUCAUCAUCGAGCCAGAAUUGUUGGAAAUACAUUGAGGAAUCCUCAUCACAAAAGCUUGGCCUCAUUCAUGGCCAGGAACUUUUUCGUUACUUCUCAAGCCACCAAUUCAUGGUUAAAUUUGCUAAAAGAAGUAGCAAAAACAGAUUUCAAUAUGGUCCGGUCUCUGCACCAGAAUGAAAUAGUUCAAAUUUCCAAAUGGUGGAAGGAGCUUGGAUUGGCUAAGGAACUGAAGUUGGCAAGAGAUCAACCACUGAAAUGGUACAUUUUGUCCAUGGCAUGCCUAACAGAUCCAAAGUUAUCAGAGGAGAGGGUUGAGCUCACAAAACUCAUCUCUUUUGUCUGUUUGAUAGAUGACAUUUUCGAUGUUUAUGGAACCCUUGAUGAACUCAUUCUCUUCACAGAAGCUGUUAAUAGAUGGGAAAUUACUGCUAUAGACCACUUACCAGACAACAUGAAGAUAUGCUUCAGGGCUCUCUAUGAUAUAACUAAUGAAAUCAGCUGCAAGGUCUAUCUGAAGCAUGGAUGGAACCCCUUACAAUCUUUGAAAAUUUCGUGGGCGAGUCUUUGCAAUGCGUUUUUGGUGGAAGCAAAAUGGUUCGCAUCUGGGCAGCUGCCGAAGUCAGAAGAGUACUUGAAGAACGGCAUCGUUUCUUCUGGGGUAAAUGUGGGUCUAGUCCACAUGUUUUUUCUCUUGGGUCAAAACAUAACCAGAAAGAGUGUGGAGUUGUUGAAUGAAACUCCAGCCAUUAUAUCGUCCUCAGCAGCAAUUCUUCGACUCUGGAACGAUUUAGGCAGUGCAAAGGAUGAGAACCAGGAUGGGAACGAUGGGUCGUAUGUAAGGUGCUACUUAGAGGAACAUGAAGGCUGUUCCAUUGAGGAGGCACGAGAAAAGACGAUUAAUAUGAUUUCAGAUGAAUGGAAGAAACUGAACAGAGAACUGCUCUCUCCAAAUCCAUUUCCAGCAACAUUCACAUUGGCUUCUCUUAAUCUCGCAAGGAUAAUCCCCUUGAUGUAUAGCUACGAUGGCAACCAAUCCCUUCCAUCUCUUAAAGAGUAUAUGAAACUGAUGUUGUAUGAGACUAGAAUUGCUCAAGGUGCUACUCAGUCUUCACUUGCCCAAUCUGGGAACUUUGCAGAUUUGUUGACAUGGGAUGACUGGAGAGGUUCUCCUGGAUCCGCUGAAAAACAAUAUGAUAGCCUAACUUGCUCUGCUGAUUCCGUUAAUGCCAGUCCUCCUAUUCAGCUGAGAUCGUCACAGGAAGAUCUUAGAAAAAGAGAGAAUGCAAUUAUUCAUGAACAGGAAGAAACGGUUGUGGCCAAUGAGAAGCGAGAUGCUAAAGAGGCACAUUUGGUUCUUGGACCUUCUUCACAGGAGAAUGAAAGUGCCAUUCGCUAAGAAAUCAUGUCUUUUAAGAGAGAAGGGAAACUGACAGUCAAAAAUGUUGAGAAGCGUCUUGAGGAAGACAGUCCUCAUUCCAAACCUAGUUUGAGUGGUAUGUCGAGUCCUGCAGCCUGCUAACAAUGUUUCUCCAGCUGCGCAAAAGCAACAUGGUUCACCGUCCUCGGGCCCGAAACCAAUGUCCAGUCGUGAUCGCUUCAAGUUGCAACAGGAGUCUCUAAGUCACAAACGUCAAGCCCUGAAGCUGCGAAGGGAGGGUCGGACUGAAGAAGCGGAAGCAGAGUUUGAAUUGGCCAAGACACUUGAGGCUCAGUUAUAGGAAAGUGCUGCCCAUGAUUCCACAAGUACUGUAGCACCGGUGGAUGAUGUGGCCGUAGAGGGACUUCUUGAUCCUGAAUUAUUUCCGCCUUAAGAGCAAUUGGAAUUGAAGAUGCCAAUACAUCAUCUCAAGGUCCUGGAAGACCCGAGCCUUCAAAGCCCAACGUUGGCAAGAGUGACAAUGUAAUCCAAGAUAGAAGUAAUCUAGAGGAACAGAUCAAGGCAGAGAAGGUGAAGGCACUAAAUCUGAAACGUGCUGGAAAAUAAGCCGAGGCCUUGGAUGCCCUUCGAAGAGCCAAGAUGCUUGAAAAGAAGCUGAAUUCCUCGGCUU